UUCUGGGCCUUUAAGAGGAGAUUUUCUCCAAACGUCUGUUAGUUUCAUGAGAGGAGGCCACAGAAACACUGAGUUUAUUUAUUGUAAUAAUAUUUAUCUUUAGUAACAUGGCCAACUGUGGAAGCCUGUUGAAAAGCGCGCUGGUCGCCUCCAUCUUGUUAUUGGUUUCUGGACAAACAAGAGUGUCUCAGGCAGCUGGUGUCCAGGAGUCACCGAGCGAGAGGCAGGAGACAUCCUGGACAGGUGAGAAACUGGCUUCUUGCUGUAAGAGAGUCAGCACUAAACAGAUCACAGAACCCAUCCUGGGAUAUUUGGUCCAAAAACCCAACCUUCCAUGUGUCAGAGCCGUCAUCUUUCAGACAGAAUCUGGUCUUUACUGUAAUCAGAUUAACCCAUGGGCGCUACGCAAGAUUCAGGAGUUCAGAAAGACAAAGGCUCAAGCAUCCGCUCCUCCUUCAUCAGUCUCCCUCCUCUCCAUCAUAACUACCACCACCUCCUCUCCUUCCUCCACCCUGCUUCCAUCCUCAUCUCCUCCUCCUUCCUCCACCCUGCUUCCAUCCUCAUCUCCUCCUCCUUCCUCCACCCUGCUUCCAUCCUCAUCUCCUCCUCCUUCCUCCACCCUGCUUCCAUCCUCAUCUCCUCCUCCUUCCUCCACCCUGCUUCCAUCCUCAUCACCUUCCUCCUCCACUCCACCAGUGCCAGCGGACGAGACGUUUUCAGAAAGUGAUUAUGAGUAGACUCACAGCUCCUCCUCCUCGAGCAGCAAUAUGAAAAAAGUUUCAAUUGUUUGGGAGAAACCUGUAGGAACAUAAUUAUGUUAAAUUAUUAAGUGAAAUAAUUAGUUUCUUUAAAUGGUUUUAAGUUAUUUAAUUUAUUUCUUCAUGCACUAGAAUAUUGGGGUUUUGUUGUAUUUAUGAAAGUGAUCAGAGAAAGAGGUUUUUAAUGUUAGAUUAUAUUAUUUUGCUGUUAAAGUUCUGCAAAUAUGAUAACUUUAUUUAAUAAUAAACAUGUCUUUGUUCUUGCA